CUUUCAAGUGUUUGGAUACUUAAAGAAGAUUAUUUGAAGACUCCUUUUGGAAUCAAAUAGUAUGGAUCCCAGCAGUGACUACCAUUUCCUCAAUCAGAUUUUGUGGAGAAGGGUGAAACUCACAUUGGUUUGUGGCAUCUUUGAGGGAGUGCUCCAGCAUGUCGACCCUAACAAGAUCGUUGUCCUGAAGAAAGUGAAGAAUGUGGAGACUGGCCAAAGUGUCCCAGGCGUGAAGAUGUUUUUUGGGCAUGAGAUUGUGAAUGUGGAACUACUGGAUGAAAUGGAACAAGGUGCAGUGAGAGAAAAGGCAUCUUCUGUUAGUCUAAAUACAGAAAGAAUCAAGAUGGAUAAAAUGAAAGAUGAGGACCUAAAUGCCUGUGAGCCUCCUUCUCCUGCCCCUGAGGCACCGACCACCGCUCUGCUGAAUGACCUCAAGUACAGCCUGUCAGAAGAAGAGGAGGUGACAUACACUGUCGUCAAUCAGUUCCAACAGAAGUUUGGUGCUGCAAUGCUCCACAUCAAGAAGCAGAGUGUCCUGAGUGUGGCAGCAGAAGGAACUAAUGUGUGUCGUCAUGGGAAACUAUGUUGGCUUCAGGUGGCCACAAAUAGCCGAGUUUACUUAUUUGACAUUUUCCUUCUGGGAAGUCGUGCUUUCAACAAUGGACUUCAGAUGGUAUUAGAAGACAAGAGAAUUUUGAAGGUUAUCCAUGAUUGUCGUUGGCUUUCCGAUUGCCUCUCUCAUCAGUAUGGAAUUUUGCUGAAUAAUGUCUUUGACACACAGGUCGCAGAUGUCUUUCAAUUUUCCGUGGAAACAGGCGGCUUUCUUCCAAACUGCAUCAGUACUUUACAGGAGAGUUUAAUCAGACACCUUAAAGUAGCCCCUAAAUAUCUCUCCUUUCUGGAAGAGAGACAAAAACUGAUUCGGGAAAAUCCAGAAGUGUGGUUCACACGACCUCUUUCACCUUCUUUACUGAAAAUUUUGGCCCUGGAAGCUACCUACCUGCUGCCCCUUCGCUUGGUACUCCUGGAUGCGAUGAUGUCUGACCUAACCUGCCUGGUGGACGGGUACCUGAACACCUACCGGGAAGGGUCCGCAGACCGGCUUGGAGGCAUGGAGCCUACAUGUAUGCAGCUUCCAGAGGAACUGCUUCAACUCAAGGACUUCCAGAAGCAGCGCAGAGAGAGAGCUGCAAAAGAGUAUAAGGUGAAUGCACAGGGACUCCUAAUAAGGACAGUGCUGCCUCCAAAGAAGUCAGUGACAGAGAGAGCAGGGAAAGAGGGGAAAGUAAGAGGUUUCUUACUUUGUGAAAAUUCUAGGCCAGAUAAAGCUCCAAAUUUUAUGUUUCACAAGGACGUAAAUUUGCUGACAGAGGAAUCUAAGAGUAAACAAACUACAGUAGAACCUCAACAUCUGCCGCCCUUAAAGGAAGAAGCCAGUGAGGAUUCCAGUAACAAACUCACUUGCCCUGAGUCAGAGGGGUUGGAGGACCAGAAAAUAACUCAAAAAGAACACCUUGAGGUACCCAAACAGGAGUUUCAGACAAGUUUAUCUCUGAAAGAGGAGAUAGAACAGUUACUGACGAUGAAAAACAAGGAAGAUCUAAAAUGUGCAAAACAAGAUGUUUCCGUGUCUCCAUCCCUUCCUCAGGAAACCAGAGUGUCUCCAAGUGACACCUUUCCUCCUUUUAGAAAAGCUGUGCGUCCCACACUUCCUCCCUGUCCAGCCUUGGAGAAGACUGACUCCUGGAUAAACCCUUCUCCAAAUCUGCCUUAGAGAUCCGAAAUGUGUUCCUAAGGCCAUCAAGGUGGCUCAUUUCCCCUGCCAUCAGGGCCUUCCUCGGUGCUUAUGUUUCUCAUGUUGUAAAUUUAGUUAUGCCCUGAUGACAGGCUUCAGGGAAAGUUGUGUCCCCUUGCUUACUCCUGCAUUCCUGGAAUUUGAUUAGGAUGGGAAUGAAUAAGUUAAAGGAAGAAGUAAAUUUUCUAAUUAUGUCACUGUGCAGAAAUGUUCCCAGUGGCCAGAGUGAAUUAUUUCUUAUAAUUUUGGUUUGGAGGAUUUGAAGAAGAGAAAAAUGUUGGGCUUAGUAUCUGAAAGAAUUUAGACUUUUAAAAUUUUGCUGUGUUUUUUGGUUUGAAGGAGGUCGGUAAAACUCUUAGCCAUAAGUUUAAAAAAAUUGGUA